CACAAACCAUUGUAAGACCAUGGGAACAGUAUAGGUAGAGAAUUGUCAGACCGGGAGCACUGAAAUGUUCAGUCCAUCUCCAGCCAGACUUGCUCGUUCGAAGACAAGAGAAAGAUAUUCUCGACUGAAACUCGGAAGGUAGGGAAAAAACAAGGCAGGGAAAGACAGUCGCGUGAAGUUACGUAGAGGAUCACUUCCUCCUCCCCCAUCUUUUCUCCUUCCAAUUAUCCUACACAUAUACAAGACAUCCAAGCGACAAUGACGGCGAGAGUAGACGCUAGCGAACCCUUCCUCAAACACCUCAACGUGCGAAAGACACCAUACAUCUUCCUUACAGCGGAAACAGACGACUUUGACGAAGAGAUUAUCGCGGCAUGGGAAGGUGAAGGCUUCGUAACGACAUAUGUUCCUUAUGGCGAUGGAGGAAAAGACUAUGUGGCUAGGAUGCAUGCUGCUCCUGAUCAUGCGCUGGGGUUGAGCGAUCAAUAUGCUAUAGUAGCAUUCGGCGAUGCAGCGAGUACUUGUCUUGAAGCCUACGUGACCUCAACACCCCGUCUAGCCGCUCUCGUCGCAUACUACCCAUCCCGCAUCCCAGACCCGCAACAAACACGAUACCCCAUGCACACCACCGUACUCGUCCACCUAGUAGGCAACGAGAUCAAAGUAAUACGAACGCCAGAAGUGCUGGGCAUACAGGGCAAGAAAAAGAUCAUCACAAAACGCACAGGCGAUGGAUUGGGACUCGGCGGACAAUUGAAGCUGAGCUUUCAAGCAUACAAAUAUGAUGGUGUAGAGGCCGGAUUUGCAGAGAGCGAUUUGGACGAAUACGACGCCGCUGCUGCCAGUGUGGCUUGGAGUAGAAGUAUAGGUGUGGUCAAGAAGGCUUUACGAAUGGCUUCCGAAAUCGAGAGGAUCCGAGAUGAACAUGUCGACCACACCAAAAAAGGCAACAUCUCAAAAGCCCUCGCAAUCACCAGCUCCAACCCAGCAAUCCUACACGCACCAACCCUAACCGGUGGAUUCCACCCCGAAGACCUUUCAGACUUCUACACCGAAUUCUUCCAACCCUCUCCAGCCUCUUUGAACACGAAACUGCUCUCCCGCACAAUAGGCACCGAUCGCAUCGUAGACGAACUCUCCCUCUCCUUCAACCACAACAAAGUGAUCCCUUGGUUGUUGCCUGGAAUUCCUGCUACGAACAGACGUAUAGAAGUCGUGUUGGUCAGUAUAGUAUGUGUCAAAGCUGGAGUGCUGGAGAGUGAAAAGGUUUAUUGGGAUCAAGCUAGUGUGUUGAUGCAGGUGGGGUUGUUGGAUCCGAAGGUCGUGCCGGAUAAAUUCAAGGAGAAAGGGGUCAAGACUUUGCCGGUCAUUGGGGCGGAGAGUGCGAGGGCUGCGGUCAGGGGUGGGAGUAGGAGGAUUAAUGAGUUGAUUGAGGAGUGGUAGGGAGGAUGAGGGAUGUAUGGCUUUGAUGACGAUGAUGGACUCUUAAUGUGUUGUUAAUUUGAUCUUAGAUUGUACUGUAAUGGGAUGGUGCUCUUUGUUAACAAGGGAGUUCAACGUCAAGGAGAUACAGCGGGUUUUCAUUCGUUGUAAAAAGCGUGUCAGUUUGUUUAUAGCUGGUUGAAUGUUGGG